AUGCUUCGACCAAGUAGUGAGGAGGAAAACUGGCUAAUUCUGGAAAAGACAAACAGAUCAUCAGAGAAUAUGUGUGGAAAAGCUCAUGUUCACGCGGCGCAUCCCCGCGGGCUCGUGCGCGUCCCCGUCGCGCCUCGGGGACGUGCUUGCGUUCUGGCUGAUUGUCGGGAGCCGGGCUGUCUGUGUCAGCCAGCAGCGCUGCUCCCUCUCAGCCCCAGCCCUGUCCGUGUCGGUGUGUGUGUGUCCGGGCAGGACUCUCAGCCCAGGGCAGGGCGGGCACACUCCCACUGCCGGCUCCCGAUGGCUUCCCGGGUGGAUUACAUCGCUCCGUGGUGGACUUACUGGCUGCACAACUUCCCGCAUGUCAACCUCCGCUUGCAGCCAGUGGACAGCACGUUCAACCCGCAGGAUGGCAACUACCAGCAGGCACUUAUGUUUUUGGCUGCAAUCGCUGCGGUUGGCUUGGCCCUCAAUUUGAUUUUCAUCUCCAUUUACUUGUUAUGCAUCUGUUGCUGUAAGCAGACCAAUGAUGAAGAAAUUAAGAGGCCACAUUCGUGCUGUGUCAUGUGGACAGCUGUGACAGCUGGACUUAUCUGCUGUGCUGCUGUUGGGGUUGGCUUCUAUGGAAACAGUGAAACAAAUGAUGGCGUCUACCAACUUACCUACUCCAUCUACAAUGCUAAUCAUACUCUUGCUGGAGUUGAUAGUUUGGUAUCUGGGACCACAAGUAUCAUGAAAGUUGAUCUGAAACAACAUAUAGAAAGACUUGAUGAGAUCUUUGCUCAAAGAAUGGAGUUUAUUCAGACACUGAAGUUCAUGCAGCGGAUGGCAGAUUCAAUUAUUUCGCAACUCUCUGGUCUCCCAACCUGGCAUAAUUUAAAUUUGAACAUGGCAGGAAUAGCUGAUAAUAUCAGCUAUUAUGAAUAUUACAGGUGGAUCUCAUAUCUUCUGCUCCUCAUUAUUGAUCUGGUUGUUUGUCUGGCGGCAUUCUUAGGUCUGGCUAAACGAUCCAGAUGGCUUCUCACAAUAAUGAUCAUCAGUGGAGUCCUGACUCUAAUCCUUAGUUGGGGAUCCCUGGGUCUGGAUAUGUCUGCCGCUGUGGGGAUCAGUGAUUUCUGCGUGGCUCCAGACAAGUUCAUCAUGAACAUGACACGGAAUAAAGUUAGCUCAGAUGUAGUACAUUAUUACCUGUAUUGCAGCCACAGCAUAAGUAACCCAUUUCAACAGAUUCUUUCAAGUUUCCAACGAUCUUUGACUGCUAUGGAACGACAGAUUCAAGGAAUGAUGUACAUUGCUGUGCCAGUAUUCCCAAUGGCAAAGAAGGACCUUCUUGAGAUACAACUGCUACUAAAUAGAUCUGAAACCAACUUGCAUCAGCUCACAGCAAUGCUUGACUGCCGAGGACUCCAUAAGGACUAUCUGGAUGCCCUAAUUGGUGUGUGUUACGAUGGGGUUGAGGGAUUACUCUACCUUUCACUUUUUUCUAUCCUGGCUGCAGUUGCGUUUUGUGCCAUGAUCUGUGCAAUAUCUUGUGCUUGUAACCACUUAGUAAUCAGAGAUCGGGAUUAUGAUGACAUUGAUGAAGCAGAUCCUUUUAACCCUCAGGCCCGUCGCAUUGCAGCCCAUAACCCAACUCGAGGCCAAGUCCACAGUUUUUGCAGUUUCAACAGUAGUUUGGGCAGUCAGACCAGUCUCCAUCCACCUGCAAACACAAACCCCAGUCAAACAGGCACCACAGCACCUGCACCGGAAUACAUGAAUAACGCUGUGCUAUUUGGUGGAAACCCUCGCUAUGAAAAUGUUCCACUGAUCGGAAGAAGUUCACCUCCACCUUCGUACUCUCCCAGUAUGAGAGCCCCCUACCUUGCAGUGAGUGAAGAACCUACUCGAAUUUAUGGAAAUGUUUGUCCUGUUUAGCAAUUAAACUGCUCUUCAUAACAGAGUUCAAGAUUCCUUACUGCCAGCUAAAAUAUGUUGUUCUGGCUAAAGCUCUUUCUCACUCUGUGAAGUUUGAAGUGAUGAUUACCACUUGGGAGCAAUAUAGAAUUGUUGAAGAUUGAUGCUGUCAUGCUAUCAAAUGGAUUUUCUGAGUUUUGGUGCUCAACCUGACGGUUAAACUCAAUGCUGGAGGUUACAUCUGAAAAUAAUGCAAUGUUCCUGAGUACUAUUCUUAUUGGAGGCUUAGUGUAUAACUGGUGUGUACUAAGGUGUUGAAUUUAAAUUGACUAGCAAUUAGAAUCUGACACAAGAAGUGCCUUGUAAAAUGGACAGAUUUUAAAAUAAAAUGGGUAUAAGUUUGAACAUGACAUCCAAGGUGCCUAACUCUGAACUGAGUUGUGAAAUUGAUUCUAGGGCUGUGAAUUACCUGAGUAUUACUUGCAUAUAAUUGUUGGAAUGGUGUUGUUCAUUUCACUCUUAAGCAGCCUAUAUAGUGCACUUCAGUUAUAUUUAAACAAUGCAUCUCUGAGAAGAGCAGAACUAAUCCAACCUGCUGAAUUGAUGAUGCUGUUGGUUCGAUUUAUUUUGGCUAAUUGCAAAGUAGGGUUGACUGAUCAUUGACAAACCUAUGACCAGGAUUGUCACAUCUUUUCAGGAGGAUGAAUAAGAAUUGGCUCUUACAGAAAGCCAUAUUAUGAAUGGGACUGGCAGAAAAUUAGGACAAAUUUGUUUUACAAAAAUAAAGUAAAAUCUCAUUACUUAAUGGUUCUUUCAGAAGUUCAGUCUGAUGUGAAUUUUGUUCAGAGUAAUUUAAGUGCUCAAUCCCAUCUCUUGCUUGAUGACAUCCAAACUCCCACCGAAAUCACUUAUGAUAAAUAUGAAAAGCACAGGCAUGAUAUGUAACCUACAAUUUAUGAUUAGCAACAAAAUAUAUCUGUUGGCUUACACAACACCGGAAUGGCAUUUUUCCAGUACAACGGCCAAAUUUACUGUCAGAUAUACGAAGCUCCAGAUUUAAAUUGUCAAUUUCCAGUGUCUUCUAUGAUACAACUUCACGAUAUUGUACCAACUCGAAUUGCCUGAUACCAUCAUUAUGGUAUGAAUGCCAUUUAUAGCUUCUUUCUUCCAGGUCUGUUACCUCCCUAAUGGACCAGCAGGUCCUUCCUGCAUAUUUUCUUAAACUCAACAAACUAAAAGUGGCCUCCUGUGUUGUGCUGUGUGGAACAAGUAUAAUAUUAAACUAUCAUAUUCCAUGUAUAAUUUACAAUUAAAGGAGCGGCUGUAGUUUAAAAUACAACGUGUACCCCAGUGAAGUGGUAUUGGAUGUAAUUUACUUUCCAAACAUUAAGAAACUUAACUUGUUUAUUGAAUCCUCGAUCACAUUCCUCAUUAGUUGUGUACUUAUAUUUCAGUGAUCUACUUGUGAGGAGCAAUACUUUUUUGAGCAAAUGUUAUAAUCUGACUGGAGCCCUAUCUAUAUUGGUGGAACCAACAAAAAUAAUGUCCUCUAAUCUUCUGUCUGAGGAACAAAGUAGCUACUUUUGAGCUACUUUGAGAUUGUGUUUGGUGUGUUAUGAAUACAUUCUGUGCCUGAAGUAUGCAAUUCACAAAACACAGCUUAAAGUGAGAUUUGAAGCCAAAUCAUUGGAAAAGGUGACGAAAGUAAAAGUAUAAUUUUAUCCAAUUUCUAAUUUGAAUGGGGGAAUAAUGCUGUUUUGACAUUCUUUGAGUAAUUACUCACUUAAUGGUUUCUCGGUUAUAUCAGCAAUUAUUCUAAAUUUCUUUAAAUUAACAUCAUAAGUUUUCCAGUAAUGAAAUUGCUACAUGCUUUGGGAGAACUAUCCAUACUACUGGUAAUGGUUAGAUCAGUCAAAAAAAUACCUCAAAGCUGCAAAAGAGCGCUCUCAAAUCAAACCCAUUCAGUCAACAAUAAUGGUUAUAUGAAUAGAAAAACAUUUUAAUGGUCAUGUAUUUUUGCUUCUAUUAUAUAGAUGUAGUGUUAGUAAUAGUUAAUUUAGAUGCAUGAAAUUUUAUUGUUGUGCCAACAAUAAUCAUUGUGUUACUGUAUGAUUACAACAUAUAGUAUUACUGCAGUACUAAGGGACUUGCUUCAAGUCUAUUUGAUUAAUUAUUUUGUCGAGUUAGCCCCUAAAAAAUUAUAUGGUGGGUAAAAUGAAGAACUUUUAAGCUAACAUUGGUCAGUGUACACAAAUUACAAAUAGACAUCACCUGUCUUUGUAUUCUUGUGAAAAUACUAAUUAAAUACUUCAUUUAAUUUAUUGCACUCCAAAAAAAUGUUAACUUUGUCUUCAAAGUUUGAUAUUUAAGGUAAAAAUGCACAAUUCAAAAGACAUUUGUGAAUAUACAAACAUGCUUAAUUUUCCCUUCAACUGGUGUAGUAGGACUAAAUUGUUAUGAAAUCAAGGGGACAAUAUUUAUCUUUGCUUUUGGAACUGCCUUUACACUCUGAUCUAAUGAGACCUUUUAUUACCUACAGAACACAUAUAAUUAAUGGAAUCUAUUCUAAUGCUGUUGCAAAGGAUUUUGCCCUUCCAGAAUAGAGACAAAAGAUUUUUUCCCCUUAUUGAAAGGUACUGAUUCAUAGGAAUACCAUGCAAAGUUCGACUACUGUAUACUUUUUCUCUACUAAUUAAUCUUUUGUGACUUACUUUGGAUGAAAUGUACAAAAAAUGUAAGAUACCAUUCCGAUUUUCAUAGUGUUUGACUGCAUGAUUAACAUAAGUAAGUUUACAUUUUAACCAACUCAUUAAUUUCAACAAGAAAUUAGUUCUUACAGGUUAAUACUUUUAACACAUUUUGAGGCAUUCAGUUUCACUAUAUAGACUGAAAAACAUGUACUAAAACCAGGCUUUUUUUUGUGAAAUGGCACUUUUUUUCCUGCUAUACAAUUUCUUGUGAAAUUGGAAAAGAAACACAAAAUGCAAACAAAAAGUAUCAUGAAAUACUGUUUUGUGAUUUAACACUGGAAAAUUAUCUCAAAAUCAAACAGUGGACAAGUGGUCAGAUUUCAAUAAGAUUCAAUUAACAAAACCAAUUUAUAUUUUUGGCUAGAUCCAUCUCAGGGAUGAGCGAUGAACUUUGCUUAUCAUGAGCACUAUUAAGAAUUAUGCAGGAAUUGAAGUGUUUGGAAUCCAGUCUAUUCAAUGCUGAGUAGCUAGAAGAAAGUUACAAAGUAAAGCUGUCACUUCAGUGUUGGAAUGCAAAAGUUGUUAGACCAUUAGAAUUGAUGAGAUACAUUAAUCUCUGAUAAGAUACUCUUAUUUUAUACUGUGUACUUAAUUUCAGUUUAGGUUUUUUAAUAACACAAUUUUUGUAAAUGUAUUGAAUUAUGUCAACACUGUUCUCAAGGUAUUGG